CCAGGGGCCCACUCCUGCUUAAAAACACCAUGCAUGCAGACUGCUUCUGGGAGCGUGACGGUUGGCUGCUGGAGAGAAAGGGGCACUGGCAUUGAGAGAUCUCCAGACUGGACAUGGCCCUGAGUCCAGGGGCUAACCUGGUCUUCCAUGAAGACCCAAAGAUGACACCAAGUCUCCCCUCCUGUGGGGCCCCAGGAUUAGGGUCUGGUACCAUCCCUCGGCCCCACCCAGACACGGCUCACGUGCCUAUGUUGAAUCUACUCCCAAGUCCUGGCUUGGCUCUCGUUCCAGAUCUUAAUCCUUCUCUGAGUCCCGUCUCAGGGGAGGCCUCGGGCCUGGUGCCUGAAAACACCCCCAGACCUGAUGACAGCAAGGCCAUAACUCCAGCCUCCCUCCAGAUCACCAGUUCUUGCUCUGGUGAAGCACUGGACCUGGAUUCCAUGGAUGUCUCAAGGCCUGAAUCACAGGGGCACCUCUGUCCAGCCUCAAACCCCAUUCUGAGUCCUAGCUCUGCUGAGGCCCCUAGUCUGAGCUCCGGGAACCACCCUCAGUCAAAUUCUGAAGAUGCCUUCAAGUGCCUCUCAAGUAAGAUUUUUGAGUUGGGUCAGAGAAACUCCAACCCUUCUAGGCAUGAAUUAAACCCAUUUAUAAGGCACCAUUCCAGAGAAGGCCUGGUUCUGGGCCACUGCGUCUCUAGGCCAAGCUCAAAAGCACUCCUUAUCCCAGCCUCCAACUCUUCUCUCGACCUUGACUCCAAUCCAUUGCUCAACAUGGGCUCAAGAAACACCUCCAAGCUGAACCUGAAUGUAGCUCCAGAUUCUUGUGGGACCCUAAUCCCAGACACAAACGAGACCAUCACUUUGGCUUCACAUAACAUCUCUGGGUCUGUUUCAAAAGGAGCCUUUAGUACCACCUGGAGCACAAGUUCCAAGGGAACCAUGAAUGUGGCUUCCACCAGCCACCCCAGAUCUGAUUUGAACAUGACCAUCACUCAAGCCUCAUAUGUGACCCUGAUUCCUGGCUCCAGUGAUGGUAUCAGCCUCCAUUCCAGCACCCAUGGGCCCAACUCCACCAUCUCUCCACCCUCAUGCAUGACUCUAAUCCUGGGUUCCAAUGAGACUCUGAGCCUGGACUCCAGCCUCGUGUUCAGUGACACCUCCACCUUGACACUGAGCAGUCAGCAGGAUGAUGCCGAGGACAACAGCAUCCACACUGUACCCCUGGAGGAGAAUCUGGAGAGUUGGAGUGAGGUGACCAGCAUUAAGGUGGGCCAGUUCCCGCUGGGACUCCCCACCUCCAACCCCGCAGGCAAGGACGCCAUGACCUUGCAAGGCAUCCCUGAGGGAGCCUUUGAUGAAGUGACCUCAUGCCUGGUGAAGGUGCCAGAGAAGACAGAAGGUGGCAAAAAUAUGGCUCUGGUUGAGAAUGUCACCACCCUUCAGAAGAGCCAGGAUCUGUUGGAGGCAGAAAGAGAAAAGAAGACCAUGAUGAAGAUGAUGAUGAGGCAGAUCCAGGAGGAGCCACUGGAUUCUCUCUCAAGCUCCGUCCGCAAGCAGACCAUGGAGAUCCUGACCCAGCUGAGCCACACCCAGCCCACCCUGGGCGUGCGGGAGAGGUCGGAGCUGGUGAACAUGUGUGUGCAGAGUGUGUUCUCCCUGCCCUCCGUGCAGGCCAUGCAGGAGAAGGAUGAGACCAAGGCUGAGACCAUCCAGACUCUUUACCAUCAGACCCUGGAGGCCCUGCAGACACUGCUCAAAGCCCUCUUUAUCGAGGACCCCACUCCUGCUGGACUGAAGAGCAUCUUGGAGGCCCUGGGGCCUUGGAUGAACUCUGGGAAGGCCCAUGAGCGAGCACGGGCUGUGAACAGCAAUGUCUCUGUGUUGAACCACGUGCUUCUGACUCUGCCUUUCUUUAUGCCCUUGGGGUUCCCGGCGCUGGGGCUUCUGCUGGGGAGACUCAUCCUUCGCAUUGGGGAUCCUGAUGAGGAGAUUGGCCGGGAGGCUCUGGACGGCAUCAUCAUCCUCUACACUAUCCUGGAGCUCCAAAAACGGGACCUUGGUAUGUGGUUUAAACUCUUCUGGCUCUGGAGCAAUGGAGCAGAGAUGUGGAGGCAGCUGAUACUGCGCAAGCCCAGCUGUGAUGUCCGAGACCUCCUGGAUCUGCUCCUGGGCAGCCUGAAGGAGAAGCCUGUCACCAAGGAGGGCCGGGCUUCCAUCACACCCCUGGCGGCAGCCAGCGGCCUGUGCGAGCUCCUGUCUGUCAAUAGCUGCAUGGGCCGUGUGAGGCGCAUCUACCCCCAGCUGCUCCUAGCCCUGCUUAUUCAGGUCCAUUACCACAUUGGCCUCAACCUGCCUGGCUACGUGGCUUCUCCCAAGGACACCAAGAAGGGCGCACAGCCCUCUGCCUUCGUACCUGUGCGCUGGGUGGUGAAAGUGGUGAAAACCCUGCUGCUGAGGAUGGGCUGCUCUUACGAGACCACCUUUCUGGAGGACCAGGGUGGCUGGGAGCUCAUGGAGCAGGCGGAGAGCCACCACCGCGGAGUGGCCCUGCUGGCAAGGGCCAUGGUGCACUACUCCUGCCAGGAGCUGUGUCGCAUCCUCUACCUGCUCAUCCCGCUCCUGGAGCGAGGCGACGAGAAGCACAAGAUCACAGCCACCGCCUUCUUCGUGGAGCUCCUCCAGAUGGAGCAGGUGCGCCGGAUCCCUGAGGAAUACUCUCUGGGGCGGAUGGCAGAAGGCCUGAGCCACCAUGACCCCAUCAUGAAGGUGCUGUCCAUUCGAGGCCUGGUCAUCCUGGCCCGCAGGACUGACAAGACCGCCAAAGUGCAGGCCCUCUUGCCCUCCAUGGUGAAGGGCCUGAAGAAUGUGGAUGGGAUGCUGGUGAUGGAAGCGGUCCACAACCUUAAGGCCGUCUUCAAGGGGCGGGACCGGAAGCUGAUGGACAGUGCGGUCUAUGUGGAGAUGCUGCAGAUCCUGCUACCGCACUUCAGCGAUUCACGAGAGGAUGUGCGCUCCUCCUGCAUCAACCUGUAUGGGAAGGUGGUCCAGAAGCUUCGGGCACCACGCACCCAGGCCAUGGAGGAGCAGCUGGUCAGCACCUUGGUGCCCCUACUGCUGACCAUGCAGGAGGGCAACGCCAAGGUGAGCCAGAAAUGUGUGAAGACCCUGUUACGCUGUUCUUAUUUCAUGGCUUGGGAGUUGCCAAAAAGAGCUUAUAGCCGGAAGCCCUGGGACAACCAGCAGCAGACAGUGGCCAAAAUUUGCAAGUGCCUUGUGAACACCCACCAAGACAGUGCCUUCAUAUUCCUCAGCCAGAGCCUGGAAUAUGCCAAGAACUCACGGGCCUCCCUCCGGAAGUGCUCAGUCAUGUUCAUAGGGUCCCUGGUCCCCUGCAUGGAGAGCAUAAUGACAGAAGAUCGUCUGAAUGAAGUGAAAGCUGCUCUGGAAAACUUGAGACAUGACCCAGAAGCAUUAGUGUGCAUCUACGCGGCCCAGGUCCAGGACCACAUCCUGGCCAGCUGCUGGCAGAACUCCUGGCUGCCACACGGGGACUCGUGGGUGUGUUACCCGGCCAGCACGCACCACUGGAGCCCCAGCUGUGAGAACCUGCCCACUUCCCACCAGCGGCGCUCCUGGAUCAUGCAGGCACUGGGCUCCUGGAAGAUGUCCUUGAAGCAGUGA